AUGCGUCUCCAGGGCCUGACUCCAGAUGAAGUCGUGAGCUGGUGCCGCCUGUGUCUGGAUUCGGUCGUGGAACGCAGCUUCCUGUCUCUGGAAGGGCCGGAGGGCACCCGGAUCGCCUCGCAAUGCUGGAGUGGGGCACCGCCCUGCCUGCUCAAGUUCAGGGCCCACAGCCGGCACAGCCUCCCCUGGAGGAUGGUGUGGGGUGGGGGCGCUGUGACCCCAGCUUCAAGACGAGGUCCUCCUGGAGCUCAGCUCACAGGCGGGAAAGUCACACGUGGCCCCAAGGCCCUGCGCACCCUUCACCUCCUGGUUCACGCAGGCAGGGACGCCUGCUGGUGUGGGCGAGAUAGUGAAUCCAAGGACAGGGGCCCCUUCGCUUCUUGCUCUCGCGCAUCCAGCACAGACCGAAGCAGGACGUUCAGCACAUUUCUGCAGGAAGAAGAGAAGAGCUCACGCUUCACAGACAUCGCCCGGUUAUCAUCGUGCCCAUUUGGCAGGCGUGGGCCUGAGUCGGAGGGCUUCCGGGGUGGGCGCCUGCCGCCUUCUCCGAGGUCCGAGGGGCCCCAGGCCCAGCGGCUUGAGCCCUUCGGCCUGGAAUUUAGAGACGCGGAUGCCCCGCAGGGCGAUCAAUCCCGCUGCCUUGAGAGCGCAUUACCCUGGCGCGCCCUGCGUUAA